AGGGCAGAUGAUUUCAGGUGAAGACUGUGAAUUUAUUCAAAGAUUUGAACAGAAAAGAAAUCCAGAAGAAAAACAAGAGUUGUUGCAAACAGAAGGCAAUCAAUGUGCUAAAACAUUUAUAAACUUGAUGACUCAUAUCUCCAAGGAACAGACGGUUCAGUACAUUCUGACAAUGGUUGAUGAUAUGUUGCAAGAAAAUCAUCAACGCGUUUGUAUCUUCUUUGAUUAUGCAAAACGUGGUAAAAACACUGCAUGGUCCUAUUUUUUGCCAAUGUUGAAUCGACAAGAUCUUUUCACUGUGCAUAUGGCAGCAAGAAUUAUUGCCAAAUUGGCUGCAUGGGGGAGGGAACUCAUGGAAGGCAGUGACCUGAAUUACUAUUUCAACUGGAUUAAAACUCAGCUCAGUUCACAGAAACUGCGUGGUACAGGAGGUUCUGUGGAAGCAGGAGCAGUCUCCACAAGUGAUAGUUCCCAGUAUGUACAAUGUGUUGCUGGAUGUCUGCAGCUGAUGCUCAGGGUCAAUGAAUAUCGCUUUGCGUGGGUAGAAGCAGAUGGAGUAAAUUGUAUCAUGGGAGUCUUGAGCAACAAAUGCGGCUUCCAGCUCCAGUAUCAGAUGAUUUUCUGUGUGUGGCUGCUGGCAUUUAGCCCUCAAAUGUGUGAAUAUCUCCGUCGGUAUAAUAUUGUUCCAGUGCUGUCAGAUAUUCUUCAGGAAUCUGUCAAAGAGAAAGUAACUAGAAUCAUCCUUGCAGCAUUUCGGAAUUUGUUAGAGAAAUCAACCGAGAGAGAGACUCGCCAAGAAUAUGCUCUUGCCAUGAUUCAGUGUAAAGUUUUAAAGCAGCUAGAGAAUUUGGAUCAGCAGAAAUAUGAUGAUGAAGACAUAAGUGAAGAUAUCAAAUUUCUACUGGACAAGCUUGGUGAAAGCGUGCAAGACCUUAGCUCGUUCGAUGAGUACAGUUCUGAGCUCAAGUCAGGAAGACUGGAGUGGAGUCCUGUACACAAGUCCGAGAAGUUUUGGCGGGAGAAUGCUGUAAGACUAAAUGAGAAGAAUUAUGAACUACUCAAAAUCCUGACAAAACUUCUGGAGGUUUCUGAUGACCCACAAGUGCUGGCUGUAGCUGCUCAUGAUGUGGGAGAAUACGUACGACACUAUCCCCGUGGGAAACGAGUGAUUGAACAACUUGGUGGUAAACAGCUGGUAAUGAACCACAUGCAUCAUGAAGACCAACAAGUUCGUUAUAAUGCACUACUGGCUGUGCAGAAGCUGAUGGUUCACAACUGGGAAUACCUUGGAAAGCAGUUGCAGUCAGAACAACCUCAAACGGCCACCGCACGGAGCUAAACACUUCUGUCAGUUCAUGCUUAUAACUACAGUAUAUUUGUCUUUAAAUUAAUAUCAAGGAAACAUUGAAAUCACAUGUUCUUUGCCUGCUACUAGUGCAUAAAUUUUUCCAGCUUACCUCGAGUGUUUGUUGGCUUAGUAAAAAUCUGUUGGUUCAACUAGUUCUGAUGAUUAUGCCUAUUAGCUUCUUGUUAUAUUCUGAAUGUAUAUGAGGAAUUGUGGCUAAUAUAUUGUGUUUGUUUUAUGUAUUUAUUCUCAUAAUAAAGAAUGUUAUU